AUGAAGCGGAGGGGGGGUAGCAGCAAGCGGAGCAGCAGUGAACGACCCACACGCGAACUGCGGCUCGGGAGGGGGGGCUGCAGCUGCGCGAGGAUGGUCCCGGCCGGCGCCCGCGCGCGGGUCCUCGUGCUGAGCGCGCUGGCGGCGCUGCCGGCCGGCGCCGGGCCGGCGGGGCUGCCUAAGCAGCCACUCCCCAAGCUCCUCGCGGCGACCAACGCCGCCGCACACGACUCGCUCGCGCCGCCCGGCGCGAUGGGAGCGACGUCGCGCGCGCUGGUGGUCGCCCGGGAGCGGCGGCUGACAACCGCCGACUACGCGCAGCUCGCUAAGCUCGUGGCCGGCGACGCCGCGUCGGGCGAUUACUUCGGCUUCUCCUUGGCGAUCGACGGUGACACCGUCGUGAUCGGGGCCUACGGGGCCGGCCCAGGAGUAGCCUACAUCCUACGUGCGAGCGAUGGCGUCCAGCUGGCCAAGCUCAUGGCCUCCGACGCCGCGGCGGACGACUACUUCGGCUGGUCCGUGGCCAUCAACGGUGACACCGUCGUGGUCGGGGCCAGGCAAGACGACGACGGCGGCUCCAGUUCGGGCUCAGUCUACGUCUUCCGCACGAGCGACGGCGGCGCCACAUACGUCGAAGUGGCCAAGCUGACAGCUUCCGACGCCGCGGUGGGCGAUCGCUUCGGCUUCUCCGUGGCGAUCGAUGGCAGCACCGUCGUGGUCGGCGCAAACCAGUGGGGUAACGGCGGCUCAGGCGCAGCCUACGUCUUCCGCACGAGCGACGGCGGCGCCACGUACAGCCAGGUGGCCAAGUUGACUGCAAGCGACGCCGCGUCGUACGACGAGUUCGGCUGGUCCGUGGCCAUCGACGGUGGCACCGUCGUGGUUGGUGCAUUCAAAGACGACGACGCCGGCUCCAAAUCGGGCUCGGCCUAUGUCUUCCGCACGAGCGAUGGCGGCGCGACGUACGGCCAGGUGGCCAAGCUGACGGCCGCCGACGCCGCUGCUAGCGACGAGUCUGGCUUCUCAGUGGCCAUCGACGGAGACACCGUCGUGAUUGGGUCCCCGUACGACGACGACGGCGGCUCCAACUCGGGCUCGGCCUACGUCUUCCUCACGACCGACGGCGGCGCCACCUACGGCCGGGUGGCCAAGCUGACGGCCGACGACGCCACGGCGAGCAACGGGUUCGGUUGGUCCGUGGCGAUCGACGGGGAUACCGUUGUGAUCGGGACCCGCUACGGGGAAGCCGCCUACGUCCUCCGCACAACCGACGGCGGCGCCACGUACGGCCAGGUGGCCAAGCUGACGGCCGCCGACGCCGCGUCGGGCGACGAGUUCGGCAUGUCCGUGGCGAUCAGCGAUGGAACUGUCGUGGUCGGGGCCUGGAAAGACGACGACACCGGCUCCGACUCGGGCUCGGCCUACGUCUUCGCCCUGCCGUCGACCGACUACGCGCAGCUCGCGAAGCUCGUGGCCGGCGACGCCGCGUCGGGCGACCGCUUCGGCGGCUCCGUGGCGGUCGACGGGGACACCGUCGUGGUUGGUGCCUACUACGAACACAGCCAAAGAGGCGCGGUCUACGUCUACCGCACGAGCGACGGCGGCGCCACAUAUGUCGAAGUGGCCAAGCUGACGGCCUCCGACGCCGCGUCGGGCGACUACUUCGGCUACUCCGUGGCGAUCGACGGGGACACCGUCGUGGUCGGUGCCUACAAAGCUGGCACCGGCGGCGCACUCUACGUCUUCAUCACGAGCGACGGCGGCGCCACCUACGCCCAGGUGGCCAAGCUGACGGCCGCCGACGCCGCGGCGAGCGACUACUUCGGCUACUCCGUGGCGAUCGACGGCAACACCGUCGUGGUCGGGGCCUACGGCGAUGAUGAUGCCGGCUCCGCCUCGGGCGCAGUUUACGUCUUCCGCACGACCGACGGCGGCACCACGUACGACCAGGUGGCCAAGCUGAUUGCAAGCGACGCCUCGUCGGGCGACGACUUCGGCCUCUCCGUGGCCAUCGACGGCGACACCAUCGUAGUCGGUGCCGAUGCAACGAAUUUUUAUGGUGGUUCUGGCUGGGGCUCGGUUUACGUCUUUCGCACAAGCGACGGCGGCGCCACGUAUGGCCAGGUGGCCAAGCUGACAGCUGACGACGCCGCGACGUACGACUCCUUCGGCGAGUCCGUGGCGAUCGACGGCGACACCGUAGCAAUCCGUGGUGAUGGUUCCGUAUACAUCUUCCGCACGACCGACGACGGCGGAACUUGGUCCCAAGUUGCGAAGCUCGUGACUAGCGAUGGCGUUUCUAUCUAUCGUGUGGCGAUCUCCGGUGAUGUCGUCGUGGCUGGGGCCUUCUAUGACGACAGUAUUGCCAGCAACGCGGGCGCGGCCUACGUCUUCCGCACGACCGACGGCGGCGCCACGUACGGCCAGGUGGCCAAGCUGACGGCCGCCGACGCCGCCGCGGGCGACUACUUCGGCUACUCCGUGGCGACCGACGGCCAAAAGGUCGUGGUCGGGGCCUACUGGGACGACGACGCCGGCUCCAACUCCGGCUCGGCCUACAUCUUCGCCCUCCCCGCCUCGUCGCCCGCGCCGACCGUCGCGCCGACCGCCUGGCCGCUCCACGCGGAGACGGACAAGAUGCUGGCGAGCGACGGCGCCGCGAGCGACUGGUUCGGCGUCUCCGUGGCCGCCGCCGGCGACCUCGUCGCGCUCGGGGCGCCGAGGCACAAGACCUACGCCGGCGCGGUCUACGUCUUCCGGACGAGCGACGGCGGCGUCACCUACGGCCAGGUGGCCAAGGUGGCGCACCCGGCGAUCGCCGACGGGGCCUGCGCGGCGACCUGUUUCGAAUACUCGUGCGACACCUUGUUCAACUCCGGCUACGCCUGCGCGACGCUCGAGGGCACCUACGGCUGCGACUGCUCGGGCUGCUCGUGCGGCGCCGGGUACCUCUUCGGCUGGUCCGUGGCGCUGGCCGGCGACCGCCUCGUCGUCGGCGCCGGGUGCCCGCCCUGGUGGAUCAUGGGCGUGUGCGACUACGCCAACGCCGCCAUCGUCUUCCGCACGGCGGACAACGGCGCGUCGUGGACGCACCUCGCGACGCUGACGGCGGCCGACGCGGGGCCGGACACGCGCUUCGGCUCCGCCGUGGCCGCCGCCGGCACCGUCGUCGCCGUCGGGGCGCCCCACGACGACGGCGGCGGCGGCCUCCAGUCCGGGGCCGUCUACCUCUUCGCGACGAGCGACAACGGCGCGACGUGGGCCCAGACCGCGAAGCUCAAGGCCACCGACGCCGCCGCCUACGACAUGUUCGGCAUCUCCGUGGCGACGGACGGCGCCACCGUCGUGACCGGGGCCUACGGCGACGGAAACGCCGGGUCGGACGGGCAGAACAAUCCGGUCGGCGCCGUGGGCGCGGUCUACGUCUUCCGCGCGAGCGACGGCGCCCAGCUGGCCAAGCUCACGGCCGCCGACGCCGCGACGGGCGACAUGUUCGGCUACUCCGUGGCGAUCGAGGGCAGCACCGUCGCGAUCGGGGCCCGCGGCGACGGCAGCAACGCGGGCGCCGUCUACCUGUACGACACGGCGACGUGGACCGAAACGGCGAAGCUCGCGGCGGCCGACGCGGCCGCGGGCGACCUGUUCGGCUACUCUCUUUCCCUGUCCGGCGACGGCCUCGCCGUCGGGGCCAUGGGCGACGACGGGGCCGCGGGCUCGGUCUACCUCUUCCGCACGGACGGCACGACGUGGGCCCAGUACGACGAGGUCACCUCCGGCGACGCCGCGGCCGGGAACGUCCUCGGCUACUCGGUGGCGCUGUCCGGCGACCGCGUCGUCUCCGGCGCGCCCAACGAGGACGAGCUCGCCGACAACGCGGGCGCGGCCUACGCCUUCGUCCCGGCGCCGACGCCCCAGCCGUCGCCGGCGCCGUCGCCGCCGCCGACGCCUCGCCCGAGCGCCCAGCCGUCGCCCCGGCCGACGCCCGCGCCGUCCGUCCGGCCGACGCCGGCGCCCAGCGCGCCCCCGUCGUCGCGGCCGACGCCGGCGCCCAGCGCGCGGCCGACCCCGACCCCGACGCCCCGACCGUCGCCGGUACCCACGCCGAAGCCGACGCCCUCGCCCUCGCCACGCCCGACCCCGAAACCGACGCCGGACCCGACGCCCGUGCCCGGCGAUCCCACGGCCGCGCCGGUCUUCGCGCCGACGCCAAGACCAACAGCGAAGCCGACGCCAAACCCGACGCCCGCGCCGACGCCGAAGCCGUCGCCGAAGCCCACGCCGGCACCCUCCGUCGCGCCGACGCCCGCGCCCUCGCCGCGGCCGACGCCGGGCCCGUCGCCGGGCCCCACGCCGGGCCCCACGACGCCCCUGCCGUCGCGGCGGCCGACGCCCGCGCCGUCGCCGCGGCCGACGCCGCGGCCGACGCCGGCGCCGUCGUCGGACCCGACGCUCGCGCCGACGCGGGAGUCCGACCGCUACUGCCGCGCCGGCACGUACGGCGCGGGCGGCGUCGCGCCCUGCACGCCCUGCGCCGCGGGCUACUUCCAGCCCGACCACCGGCAGGAGAGCUGCCGGCCGUGCGGGCUCGACACCUUCAACACGGCGCCCGGCUCGGGCAGCUGCCUCCCCUGCGAGGCGGGCAAGUUCGCGGCGACGGGCUCGCAGAGCUGCUCGCGCUGCGCCCGGGGCCAGCGCGAGAGCCCGCUGCCCGGCGGGACCAUCGCCUGCGUCGACUGCGACCCCGGCAGCUACUCGCCGCUGGGCCUCUACUGCGCGACGUGCCCCGCGGGCUCGUACUCGCCCGACCGCGCGACGUGCCUGCCGUGCGCGCCGGGCACGUACAGCGACGCCGACGGCGCGACGGCGUGCGCCAAGUGCCCGAACGGCCGCUACCAGUCCGCGCCCGGGCAGCAGCGCUGCGAGGCCUGCGAGGCGGGCCGCGCCGCCGAGCUGACGGCGGCCAGCCCGCUGAACGUCCAGUGCGACGCCUGCGACGCGGGCAAGGUCAGCGCCGCCGGCGCGCGCGUCUGCCUCGCGUGCGAGGCCGGCCGGAACCAGCCCGAGUCGGGCCGCGCGGCGUGCGAGGCGUGCGCGGCGGGGCGCUUCGCGCGGAGCGCCGGCCAGACCUUCUGCGAGAGCUGCCGCACCGAGGGCGCCGGGCGCUGGAGCGCGCCGGGCGCCGCGGCCUGCGACGUGUGCGAGCGCGACUACUACUACGACAACCGGACGUGCCACGGCUGCCCCUGGUCGGCGACGUGCCCGCAGGGCUCGACGCUCGGCAGCCCCUGGGGCGUGCGCGCGGGCUUCUACCGCUUCUCGAUGGACACGCCGGCCAUCUACCGCUGCAGGCGCCUGUGUGGAAAUCGAAUUUCGGGCGCCCCACUUGUCUCUGUAGCUGCGUCUGCUCGAUGGCGUGGAAUUUCCAGGCCAUCGACGCGACGUUGUCCCCGUGGCCGCGUCGGCUCGAUGGCGUGGAGGUUCACAAAGGUCUAACCUAACUCACUGGUUGAUUUCCACACAGGCAAGCGCAACGAGGGCUGCGCCAGCGGCAACUCGAGCGGCAACGCGCUCUGCGCCAAGCACCACCGCGGGCCGCUCUGCCAGCUCUGCGACGACGGCUACUACCUCGAGCCCGUCCUGCGCCGGUGCAAGCGGUGCGGCGCCAGGCCGUCGGUCUUCCUGCGGGUCGUCUACGCCGUCGCCAUGAUCGUCGCCCUGGCGCUCGUCGGCGCGGUCGCGUGGUCCGCGGCGGCGUCGCUCGGGGCGCUCUGCGGCUGCCGCUGGCCGGCGGCCCUCUCGUGCGAGGGCUGGCGCGCGGUGCGCGUCUGGCGCGCGGCGAAGCGCGAGGUCUGGAGCUUCCUGACGAGCACGUGCGCGCUCGCGAUCUGGCACUCGCUCGCGGUCCUCGUGCGCUUCUCGAGCGUCGAGGACGUCGACUACCCGGGGGCGUUCAAGUGGCUCAUGCGCAUCUACGCGCUCGUGACCUUCGACCUCGCCGCCUGGCUGCCGACGCCCUGCGCGGGCUGGUCGUACUACCACACGCUGCUCAUGGCGACGCUCCUGCCCCUCUACCUCGUCCUCGUCGUCGCGCUCGUGUCGCUCUGCUCGCGCGACCCCGACGCGAAGCGGCGCGCCUGCCGGCGGCUCGCCGUGCUCCUCAUCAUGUGCCACGCGACGGUCUGCUCGGUCCUCUUCGAGUUCUUCCACCUGGACGGCGUCGAGUACCACACGGCCGACGAGCGCGGCUUCCGGACGUCGGCGACGGAGCGCGAGCUCUACCUCGCGCGGGACUACACCAUCCGGGCGUCGUCCAAGCGGUACCAGGCUGUGUGAAAAUCAAAUUCACUGCGCGUUCGUCCUGAAUCGCCGCGUCGACCUCUACGCCAUCGACGCGACGCCUGCUCGAUGGUGCACCCGACACACUGGUUGAUAUUCGCACAGGUACCAGGCCUACCGGGCUUACGCCAUCCUGUGUUGCCUCAUCUACGUCGUCGGCCUGCCGGGCCUCUUCCUGUGUGGAAAUCAAAAUUUUACGGCGCGUUCGUCCUGAACCGUCGCGUCGUCCUCCACGCCAUCGACGCGCCGCCUGCUCGAUGGCGUGGCGAUGUCGAUUCCUCGCCGCUCGAUCGAGCCAGGACGGCCGCGUCAGCGCCAAGAAACGACUGAUUGAAGAAUUGUCGGGUGCACCCGACCCACCGGUUGAUUUCCACACAGGCCUCUUCUUCGCCGUGCUCCUCCUCGAGCAAAUCCGCCAGCGGCGCGCGACGUUCGGCAGCUGCGUCGACUGCGAGGCGCUCAGCGACAUCCUGCGGCCGACGCCCCUCGUCCGGCCCUACCGCAAGGGCGCCUGGUUCGCCGAGCCGCUCUCCAUGGUCGUGCGCUGUGUGAAAAUCAAGCAGUGAGUCGCAUGCACCCGAUCAUUCUUCACUAAGUCGUUUCUCGGCGACAACGCGACCUUGAUGCGACAACGCGACCUUGAUGCGACAACGCGACCUUGAUGACUGAAUCGAGUGGUGUAGGACCCACACCGCCACGCCAUGGAGCUGGCGUCGCGUCGAUGGCGUUGAGGCCAUGAUUCAGCAGUGGCGGAGACGCGCCGCAAGAAUUUGAUUUAUGCACAGGUCGUGCGCACUUCGCUGAGCGGCUUCCUCCUCGUCUGUCUGCCCGGGGCGCGGCGCAUGCGACUCGUGCUCUCGUUCGUCAUCUCGCUGCUCUAUGCGCUGGCCAUCGUCGACGGCUGUGUGGAAAUCAACCAGUGCGUCGGAUGAUUCAGCACGAAUGCGCGGUAAAAUUUGAUUUCCACACAGGCCGACGGCGAGCCUUUCCAGUCGCCAGCGGUGAACACGGUCGCGCACACGUCCUGGUUCUUCGUCACGUCGACGUUCUUCAUGGCGCUCUGCUGCACGCAGAAGACACUGAAGCUCGAGCAGCUCCGCAUCGUGUCGGGUGCAGUGCGGAAAUCAACAGUGCGUCAGGCCGGCCUGGAGGUAUUAUUUAUUAUUCUGGCAGCCUUGAUGCAGCACGAGAGUGCUUGUCGUCCUCGCACGAGGCGUCUUGGGCUUAUUCACCCGAACGUUUGAUUUCCGCAUAGGUCGGGUGCGCUCGUCGCGGCCCAGGUUUUCGUGCUGGUCCUGGCGGUGCGCCGCUACGCCUACGAGAAGCCGAUCCGGACGCUCUGCGCGCGCAUUCGGCGCCGCCCAGCGCAUACAUCAAAUCGUCGCGGCGCGUCUCGCCAUCGACGUGCACCCAACUCACUGAUUGAUUUGCGCACAGGCGCCGCCUGCGCACGGAGAAUUUCCGAUUCGAGUUCGAGACGUUGUGCACGGAGGGCGGCGAGCACUUUCCGGUGCAGAAGAUAAAGCCUUCGACUUGUUUCGAUUUGCUGACAAUCGUUCGGUAUAUACGUUGGUGUUUUCCUACGCAGGCACCUGCUCGAGAGUGCGACCUUCGAAGCCAUCGUCGACGGCUAUCUCGGGGACUUCGCCUGGAGCGACACAAAUGCUGAUACCAGUGCAUAAAUUGAAUUUCACGGAGCCUUGGUCUCGAAUCAUCGCGUCGAUCUCGACGCCAUCAACGCAAUGUCUCCUCGAUGGCGGGCGGUGUUGCACCCGACUCAGUGGUUGAGUUUCACACAGGCUGAUACGCAGUGGGGUAUAUUUCGGAGCCAAAUUUGUUCCUUGCACACAUUCUGGCGCGAGCCGCUUAUCGAAGCGCACGAGCAGCACCGCAUCCGCCACUGGUACCGCAGAGUCGCCGCCCGGGCGAAAAGCGAUGCGCAGCGCCGCGUGGAACGAGCCUCGGCCUUCCUCGCGCCAGGCGCAGCCGUCGCCGCUGCGCCGGCCGGGGCGCCACAGCGCCCAGCGCGCUUUAAGCUCGCGCCCGCGCCGGAGGCCGACGCGCCGUCAGCGCCUGACGCAGCCGCCAACGUCGACGAAGCCGCGGCGCCGCCACGGCCGGCUCGGUUCAAGCUCGCGCGCGGCCCUGCGCCCGACGCAGCUGGCGACGAUGCCGACGACGAGGUUGACGACGAGGAAUGGGCAAAGGCCAAGGACUUCGUUCCGACGCGUUGGGCCUGGCUACGGUGCGAGGCGCAGGCGCGCGCGGACGAGCUCGAAGACUACAUCACCGAGGAGCUGCUGUCGCCGGAUCUGCUUGACGUGCUGAGGCAGGUCAAAGAGCUCAACCCGGAGAGAAGCGACCCACAGCCUCAGCAGCGAUUGAUCUGGCGCGGCGGCGCCGGGACCAACCUCACGGAGGCUGUUGUGGCUGCCGUCGAGGCCAGUGCCCUAUAUCAAUGAUUCAGCCCUCUCUUCUCGAAAGCGACCGGUUCGUUUGCACACACAGAUGAAAUCGUGCGCCUCUGAGGCGACGCUCAAGGCCGACGCCGAGAUCCUCGUCAAGGGCAAGCUCGCGCUCGACCAGACGGUGCUGCCCCCCCUGCUCCGCAUCUUCGCUGCUACCUGCCUACCUGCACUGACGGCGGCGCUCUCCGACGUCGCCAAGCAGGUGGAGGGCGCUGUGGUCGUCGCGAGCAGUGCAUAAAUCAAAUUCUCAUGUGAAGAAUUGCCGACUCACUGGUUGAUUUGCGCACAGGUCGUGAGUGAGGAGGGCUCCAUUAAGACUGCCGAGCGCAUGGUCGAGGCGAUGAAGUCGGAAAUUGCCAAGAAACAUCAGGCUGAGGAGGGCGCCGGGUGGCAGCCCGUCAGCGCGCUCGUGCGCGACGCGCUGCGCGCGACGGUCGUGUGCCCCGGGGCCCAGGCCAUGUGCGACGUCAAGGCGGCGUUCGAUGCGAGCCCCAGUGCCCAAACCAAAGCAUUGCGGCGCGUCUGCUGAAUCGUGGCCUCCGCGCCGUCGACGCGACGCCAGCUCGAUGGCGUCGGUGCCGGUUCCUCGGCACCCGACUCAUUGAUUGAUUUGCGCAUAGGCAAGCCCGCUCUUCACGCUAAAAAAACUUAAGAACAAGAUCUGUCGGCGCCAGGUCCCCUUUAACCUACACGCCGUCUACGAGUUCAAGCCGUCGAGCAACGACGUCUCGAUCAGUGCAUAAAUCAAAUUGUCGCGCCGCGUCUCCACCACGGCUCAAUCAUGACCUCCACGCCAUCGACGCCUCACCGGUUGAUUCAUGCACAGGUCUCCAUUCUGGUAGAGAUACAAAUACACGAUACCGAAGUCAGGAAGGCGUCCGCGGCCCAACAACGCUUCUACCAGAUCUUCCGGGCCGUCUCGAGCGAGAAGCUACAUAAAGUCGAGGCCCAUCACACGAUGACGCAUUCCAAACUCAUGAAGCAGCGGUCCCAGCGCCACAUGCUGCGAACGGCAAAGAUCAGCAGCAGCCGGGCGCUGAAGGCGCUGCACAGGAACUUCUCCGUGCGCAACACCGGCCGCCGCGUCUCGCUGCUCAUGCGGCUCUUCCCGAAACGAAAGGAACGGAAGGUCGCGCCCCAGGAAACCGCGGCCGCAGCUGCUCCGGGCGACGACGACGCGACCUACGAGACGCUCCUCGCCGCGGAACGCGGCGCGGCUGCGGCGCGGACGCAGAGCCGCGCCGAUAGCGCCGCGCGCCACAAGGAGGCGAUUGCGCGGCGCCUGGCGAAGCGGCGGCGCGGCUCCUUCGGCUAAGGUGCGUGGUCCCUCCCCUUCCCGUCGACCCGCAUCCUCGGAAUAAUCAUAUACAUAUCACUGGCAUGAGCUUACAGUAGUUAACUACAACAGGGCGACGCCCCAGGCGAUCUCUCAGCGGCCUA